AAUCGGACAAAUAAGAUAUUGCGCCCUCUAACUAUCUCCAUGGAAACAACCAAUGCGUGUAUUAUCAGUGUUCCGGACACAGACAAGUGACCCUGGCUCGAGACUAUCCGAUUGGACUGUAGUAGUGUCGUCGCAUAAUAAUAUUGCUUACUGAGGUAAAUGGCUUUGGAAUCAUUUUGUGAUUCCCGGUUUUUGUUAGUGCUCUUUUGAUGAGCGGAUAUGGCCGCGCAAUACAUGGUGGCUGUGAGGAUGAAAUGGCAGUCCCUCGCUUUGCUGUGUUGCAAUAUGCUUGAAGGCCUUUGACAGAAAACGAAGCUGUAUCCAACCUAAUAUAAAGAUUGUCUGGGGCCAUGCCCUUCUAGAGCCUUUGGGAACCUGGCACAACAAGGACACAACUCCACCAUGUCCGCAACCAUUCAGAGAGAGACUAGCUCGGCGAACUCUGCUGAAGCCAAGAAAACAGAGCUCAGAGUAAACAAGAAGAAAUGCUUAUGUAUGUAUGUCUGUCUGUCUUUCUGUUCAGCAUGGGCAUCCUACAUGACAAACUCUCCCACAGUGAUUGUAAUGAUCGGCCUACCUGCUAGGGGAAAGACCUACAUGUCUAAGAAACUGACACGAUACCUCAACUGGAUAGGGGUGCCAACCAAAGUGUUUAACUUGGGUGUUUACCGCCGAGAGGCUGUCAAAGCUUACAAGUCCUACGACUUCUUCAGACACGACAACAAGGAAGCCAUGGAAAUAAGGAAACAGUGUGCUCUGGUAGCCCUGGAGGAUGUGAAAGGAUAUCUAACUGAAGAAGGAGGACAAAUCGCUGUAUUUGAUGCAACAAACACAACAAGGGAGAGGAGAGACCUCAUUCUUGAUUUUGGGAAAGAGAAUGCAUUCAAGGUGUUCUUUGUGGAGUCUGUGUGUGAUGACCCAGAAGUCAUUGCUGCUAAUAUUCUGGAGGUGAAGGUGUCCAGUCCAGACUACCCAGAGAGGCACAGAGAGAGAGUAAUGGAUGACUUUCUCAAACGCAUAGAAUGCUAUAAGGUUACAUACCAACCUUUGGAUCCCGAUGAUUAUGACAAGGACCUAUCCUUUAUCAAGGUGGAGAAUGUGGGCCGGCGCUUCCUGGUGAACCGGGUGCAAGACUACAUCCAGAGUAGGAUAGUGUACUACCUUAUGAACAUUCAAGUGCACUCUCACUCGCUCUACCUGUGCCGGCAUGGAGAGAGCAAUCACAACAUGGAGGGCCGUAUCGGAGGCGACUCGGAGCUCUCCCCAGGGGGAAAACAGUUUGCCCAUGCCUUGCGCGGCUUCAUCGAGGAGCACAAACUGUCGGACCUGAAGGUGUGGACAAGCCAGCUGAGACGUACCAUCCAGACUGCUGAGGAGCUGAUUGUGCCCUACGAACAGUGGAAGAUCCUCAACGAGAUAGAUGCUGGUGUUUGUGAGGAGAUGACAUAUGAUAUGAUCCAGAACUCCUUUCCAGAAGAGUUUGCCCUGAGGGACCAGGACAAGUACCACUACCGCUACCUAGGAGGAGAGUCCUACCAGGACCUAGUGCAGCGGUUAGAGCCUGUCAUCAUGGAGCUAGAGAGACAAGGCAAUGUGCUGGUCAUCUGUCACCAGGCUGUCAUGCGCUGCCUGCUAGCCUACUUCCUGGACAAGAGUGCAGAUGAUCUACCCUACCUGAAAUGUCCACUGCACACAGUGCUCAAGCUCAGCCCUGUUGCCUAUGGCUGUAAAGUGGAAAUGUUUUACCUUAACGUGGAGGCAGUGAACACACAUCGCGACCGACCACUUGAUAAGGUCCCGAGGGACCCAGCUCCCAUCCGGCGGAAUAGUUACACCCCCCUGUCCAGUCACGACCAGUUCAAGCGGCCCAGGCUCUACAGUGCCGGCACCCGUCCCUGGCUCCCCCAACGCCCCACCCCAUCGGCCCUGCAGUUCCCCGAGAUGCCAGAGGGGGUGCUGCAGCAAAGCCAAGACUCCCUGUGUGAAGGAAUCGACUAUGACAGCCCAGAAGAAAUUAGUGGCUGUGUCCGCUUCUGAGUGACUAUGAAGUCACCUUCAAGUUCAGCUGGUGCCUCAGUCUAUCCCUGUGACACUGAAGUUCUGCUCAUCCUAUCCUCCAUGUCCCUAUGGCCUUCCACAUCAUAUAAUAAUUUCCCUGCAUGCCAAAUAUCUGGAACCACUGGUGGCACAACUAUAACACCUCUUUCAUGUAUGCCAAUAAAGAUCAAACAUGAUGCCUUAUGUGUAUCAGAGACCCUUCAUGUCUUGUUGAAUAUAUGUGGCAGCAUGUUAUGGUAUCAUGAAAUCCUUUCCCACUACUGCAGCAUAAAGCAUUUUAUCAGACACAUCCAUAUUAGCCAUCACAUGACAUUAUGAACACAGAAAAACAUAGUAGGAUAAUUUGAUAUUGUGGUCAUAUAUGGUUUGUGUGGAACCAUUUACAAUAAGAAUAUACUGUAUAUAUUUUAGAUUAGAAGUUAGUCCAGUGCUCUUAAAAGGGAAGUUGUCAUGUAAAUGAGUGUAUUUAUCUGUCAAUUACUUACUCUGUCUUCAGAUAACAUAAAGGAGUAACAGAAAUAUGUAAACAUGGAAUAAGAAAAGUACUACGGUCCUAAUUAUCAGUGUAGCUUCAAUACCUUUCUUAUGAAAUUCUCGCUGAAUUGUCCCUUUGAUUAUAUUCAUGGUUGAGGAAAUGUUUUACACUAGUAGAUUUUUAAGAAACUCAAAGCUUAUUUGAGAACCUUGCCUUUUAACCAAUUAUUACAGACAUGCGACUAUUAAUAAAUGUAGCUUGUUAGCCAUUACCACUGAAACCAAAACUGUGCAAAUAUCCCAUAUUUUAACAGGUGCUCUGAGAUACUUGAAGGAAAUAUUUGACAUAGUCAAGGUGUGAUAAGAUGUUUUUCUCAUCACAUAUUCUUAAUAGGAUAUUGAUAUAUAGAAUACCAGAAGAAUGUACAGUAGCUGUAUAUUAGAUAUUGAGAUGUCUCUAUUUGUAUGAAUGUGUUUGGCAUUCUGCUGUGUUUGUGUUGAAUGUUUUCAUUAAUAACCUGCAUAAAGUGAUGAGAUUUCUGGUCAUUUGCACCAAAAGCCACUAGUCAGUAGGGGCACACAAGAUCCUUUUAAUUUAGAUAAAAGUUAUGCUAUUACGCACACCCAAUUAUUCCAAUGACUGCGAACUACAGUGUCACAAUUAUUUAUGAUUUUUUUUGCCUGUGCCUUUUGGGGCAUGUUGAUAGCCUUACUGAAAAGUAAUCUGUUCUGUGCAUAGCACAAUUGUAAAGAUGUGUAUAAUCAUACACAAGAAGGUUCCAAAGAAAUGUCAAGAGUUGUGACUAUAUAUUUGAUACGUUUUCCAAGGAUAGCCUGCUCAGCUCAAGAAUGUACUGUACUCAAUACCCGGCUGCAGUAUUAAUCUCGUGAAUUUCGUCAUGUAAAAUGUUGCCUGUUGAUAUGGACUUCAUUGCGUCAAUUAGCUGGUUUAGCAUAGUUGAAUUGUAUUUAAGAUGUUGCUCCAGUAACUGUAUUAAAAAGUCAUUAAAUAUGUAAAACAGG